AUGUUUGGUGCAACAUUAGGCGAAGGAGCGUAUGCACGAGUGGUCCACGCACGGAUGAAGGAUUUGGAGGUGGAAUAUGCAGUGAAAAUUAUGGAAAAACGGUUUAUACGCAAGGAAAAGAAAGUGAAAUUUGUCAUGAUGGAACGAAAAGUCUUUAGCAAGAUCUCGCAUGAUCGGGUGGUGAAACUUUUUUUUACGUUUCAGGAUAACAGCUAUUUGUAUAUGGUGAUGGAGCUGUGUCGAGGUGGUGAGCUGCUUGAAGUUAUCACCAAGCAUCAAAAGGAACAGACGGCUGCAGGAUACACGGAUCGCGCGUGCUCGCUUGAGCUGACGCGAUAUUAUAUUGCUGAAGUGGUCGUUGCUCUCGAGUAUUUGCACCAGAAUGGUGUCAUUCAUCGUGAUCUAAAGCCUGAGAAUAUUCUACUUAGUGAUGAUGGCCACCUCAAGGUCACUGACUUUGGUACAGCUAAGGACGAGACGGAAGAAAGCCGUCAUAAUACGUUCUGCGGUACGGCUGAAUACGUGUCACCCGAGGUGCUGCGUGAUCAGGAAGCGUCCCGUGGCUGCGAUCUGUGGGCCAUGGCUUGCAUGGUCUUUCAGUUACUUGUCGGUCGACCCAUUUUCCGCGCCGAAAACGAGUAUCUCACUUUUCAACAGAUUUUAAAUCACCCAGCCGAAGAUUUUGCGUACCCACCAGGAUUCCCAGCGGUCGCAAAGGAUUUGAUCGAUCGCAUUCUCGUGCAGGAACCGAGUGGCCGUCUCGGUGCUGGUUCGAAUGAAGAUGGCAACGGAUACCAAGCUUUGAAGUCGCAUCCGUUUUUUGAAGGCAUUGACUGGGAUUCCGCUGGAUACACGCAGCCGCCUUACAUGCCAGAGAUUGGUCGGCUGCCGCCUACGGAAUAUGAUGGUGCAACCGAAGAUUGGCUAUUCGCCGGUGUUGCGACUGAAUUGCAGGUCUCGUCGGGACUUGCAUUAGACCCUCUGCCUUCUCCGGCGGAGCAUGUUAACGUAGUGGAAGUGGCCCGUCAGAAGGCAGCAAUACCGCCUGCAAUGCGGCGUACAAGUUCACUCUGGAACCGAUUCCUGCUGGAUGAUGAGCUGAUUAAGAUGGGCGGGCUCAUUAGCAAACGCAAGGGCCUUUUUUCGAAGAAACGCCAAUUGAUUCUGACUUCGAAGCCCCGUUUGAUUUACAUUGACCCCAUUAGAAUGAAGCAAAAGGGAGAGAUUCCAUGGUCGAAUGAUCUCUACGUGAAUUCCAAGAGUGCGACUGCAUUUGACGUCGUGACGCCAAACCGGGUGUACCAUUUGAAUGAUCUCGUCAACGGGUCAAAGAAAUGGAUCGAGGCCAUUAACGCAGCGCUAGUGUAUGGAAAGUAA